GAAAUGGCAGAAGCCAGUAUCUCAUGGGCUGAGGAUCAGUUCAUGUGUCCAGUGUGUCUGGAUCUCCUGAAGGAUCCAGUGACGAUUCUUUGUGGACACAGUUACUGUAUGAGAUGCAUCUCAGUUUGCUGGGACGAGGAGGAUUGGAAAGGAAUCUACAGCUGUCCUCAGUGCAGACAGACCUUCACACCAAGACCAGUUUUAGGUAAAAAUGUGGUGUUUACUGAAAUGGUGGAGAAACUGAAGAAGACGAGACUCCAAGCUGCUGCUCCUGCAGUUCAUCACACUGGAUCUGGAGAUGUGCAUUGCGACUCCUGCACUGGAAUUAAACAGAAAGCUGUGAAAUCUUGUCUGGACUGUCAGAGCUCUUACUGUCAAAAUCACCUUGAACAGCAUGAGAAUCUCUUCAGAGGUAAAGGACACAAUCUGAUGGACGCCACUGGAAGACUGCAGGAGAUGAUCUGCCCUCAACAUGAUAAAAUGCUGGAAAUGUACUGCCGUACCGACCAGCAGUGUAUCUGUAUGCUGUGUUUAGUAGACAAACACAAAAAUCAUGACAUUGUAUCAACUGCCGCAGAAAGAAAAAAGAAGCAGAGAAAAUUACAGAAAAUAAUCCAGCAGAAAGAGAAAGAUCUUCAGGAGCUGAGAGAGGCUGUGGAGUCUCAUAAGCGCUCUGCACAGACAGCAGUGGAGGACAGUGAGAGGAUUUUCACUGAGCUCAUCCGCUCUAUUGAGAGACGUCGCUCUGAGGUGACGCAGAUGAUCAGAGAUCAGGAAAGAGCUGCAGUGAGUCGAGCUGAAGAACAACUGGAGCAACUGGAGCAGGAGAUCAAUGAUCUGAGGAGGAGAGAUGCUGAACUGAAGCAGAUUUCACAGACAAAUGAUCAUGUUCAUUUCCUCAAGAGUUUGCAGUCUGUCUCUCUCUCUGGAUCUACAGACAGCUUCGCUGUCAGUUCUCAUCUGUCUUUUAAUGAUGCAGUGAAAUCAGUCUCUCAACUCCGAGACAAACUGCAGCAGUUCUGCAUAGAUGACAUAAAGAAGAUAUCUACAAGAGUUAAAACCAUCCAGGUCAUUCUGACUCCUGAAUAUCAGACCAGAGAGGAGUUUCUACAAUAUUUCCGUCAGCUGACUCUGGAUCUAAACUCAGUGAGUAAUGGGGUCCAUCUGUCUGAGAGAAACACAGUGAUGAGUUACACUAAACUACAUGAGGGAUAUCCUGAUCAUCCAGACAGAUUUGAUUAUUGGUGUCAUGCGUUGUGUAGAGAGAGUUUGACUGGACGCUGUUACUGGGAGGUGGAGUGGAGCAGCAGUGAUGAGGAAUCAGGAGUAGAUAUAUCAGUGGCAUAUAAGAGCAUUAGGAGGAAGGGAGAGGGCGAUGAGAUCGAUGCUGGACGUAAUGAUCAGUCCUGGAGAUUGUUCUGCUCUCCAGACUAUUGCUCAUUCUGGCACAAUAACAUCGAGACCGUCCUUCCUGUAACUCAAAUUUCCAGUAGAAUAGGAGUGUAUGUGGAUCACAGCGCAGGGAUUUUGUCCUUCUACAGCGUCUCAGACACAAUGAGUCCCAUCCACAGAGUCCAGACCACGUUCACUCAGCCGCUCUAUGCCAUGUUUGGACCUUAUAGGUACUCAAGGUUGAAACUGUGUCGUCUUUAUUUGUAUUAGUAAAAAAUACCACUAGUGAAUGUGUAAUAAUCACAGAUAUAUUAAGAGUAAAAUGUCUCAUUAAAUCAAUAUAAUAAUGGCUGUGUAAGAGCUGAUAAUGAAUGUAGAAAUUUGAUGUAACUCCUGUUUGACUGUCAAAAGUAGCUUUUAAAUCUCCCAGUAAACUAUUUUGAAUAAUACAGUGGUAAGGAUA